UUUAAAUGAUCCAUUUUGUAAAUGGGUCAAAAUUCAUACCCAAUUCAUCCCAAUACCAAACCCACCAACCCUUUGGGCCAAUAAUAAACAAAAAAAAUUCAACAAAAUCUGAAAUCCCGCUCAUUACCACCCUUCACUCCCUCUUUUCCACUCUUGGUUUCUUCCCCUAAAAAAUGCCCCUUUAAAAUUCUUCAGAAAAGGAGAAAAAAAAGACCUUCAAUUUCCUUAAACAAUGAGAGAAGAAGAAAUAGAGAAACUCCGCGGCGUAGUCCGAGACUGCGUGAGCAAGCAUCUUUAUUCCUCCGCCAUUUUCUUCGCCGACAAAGUCGCCGCCAUUACUAAUGACCCCGCCGACAUCUACAUGCAAGCUCAAGCUCUCUUUCUUGGUCGCCACUUCCGUCGCGCCUUCCAUCUCCUUAACGCCUCCAAAAUCGUAUUCCGCGAUCUUCGUUUCCGCUACCUUGCGGCCAAGUGCCUUGAGGAGCUCAAGGAGUGGGAUCAGUGUCUUUUUAUGUUAGGAGAUGAGAAGUUUGAUGAACAUGGGAAUGUUUAUGACUCAAAGGAUAACAGUGCCAUGUACUUAGACAAAGAUGGGGAAGAUCGUGAAAUCAAUAUUUCUUCCGCAAUAUGCUUUUUAAGAGGAAAGGCAUAUGAAGCUUUGGAAAAUCGUGCUCAAGCUCGACAGUGGUACAAAGCUGCUAUCAAAGCUGAUCCUUUAUGUUAUGAGGCUUUGGAGUGUCUUAUUGAAAAUCACAUGCUUACAUGUGAGGAAGAAACAAGUCUACUUUCAUCUUUGCAAUUUGGUCCUGAAGAUGGAUGGCUUUCUUCUUUCUACUCUUGCUUGAUAAAAAAGUAUGACAAAGAAAUUGUUGUAGAAGCCAAAUUUAAAGAACUUGAAAAGGAAAGUUCAAAAAGUAAUCCUUCUAGCCAAUCCUUGAUGUGUACUUUGAAAGAUAACACUGAUCUUUUGGCAUGCAAAGCCGAAUACUACCAUCAAUGUGGAGAAUAUCAAAAAUGCUUUGAACUAACUUCUGCAUUGCUUGAAAAGGAUCCUUUCCACCUUAAAUGUACCUUGGUGCAUUUAGCAGCGGCAAUGGAGCUUGGUCAUUCAAAUGAGCUUUAUCUUAUGGCAUGUAAUUUAGUAAAGGAUUAUCCUCAAAAGGCUUUGUCAUGGUUUGCUGUAGGCUGUUACUACUAUUGUAUAAAGAAAUAUGAUCAAUCACGCCGUUAUUUUAGCAAGGCUACAAGUUUAGAUGGGACAUUUCCUCCAGCAUGGAUAGGUUUUGGAAAUGCAUUUGCUGUUCGAGAAGAGGGCGAUCAAGCAAUGUCAGCUUAUAGGACUGCUGCUCGCUUGUUUCCAGGGUGCCAUUUACCAACUUUGUACAUUGGAAUGGAGUACAUGCGGACUCACAGCUUCAAGCUUGCUGAACAGUUUAUCAUGCAGGCAAAGGCAAUUUGCUCUUCAGAUCCACUUGUAUAUAAUGAGCUUGGAGUUGUUGCAUAUCAUAUGAAAGAGUAUAAUCAAGCUGUUUGGUGGUUUGAGAAAACAUUGGCUCUUAUCCCAACCCCAAUAACUGAAAUGUGGGAACCUACUGUGGUUAACCUCGCCCAUGCUUAUAGGAAACUGAAGUUGUUUCAUGAAGCAAUCUCAUUCUAUGAGAAAGCACUUACGUUAUCAACUAAAAGCUUGAGCACUUAUGCCGGUCUUGCAUACACGUACCAUUUGCAGGAUAAUUUCACUGCUGCAAUCACAUACUAUCAUAAGGCUUUAUGGCUGAAACCAGACGAUCCAUUUUGCACUGAAAUGUUAAAUGUGGCUCUUGUAGAUGAAUGUCGACAUGGCAUAGACCCUAAAAUUGAUUUCCACUGAAAAGGGUUAAUGGACUUGACGUCUUGCAAGCGAACCUUGUGGGAAAUUUCCAUCUCCCAUGACUUUAUAGCAUUUUGCACUGUUUCUUCAAGUGAUCCUUCUGCCC